CGGACUUGGCCGCUUACGUCAAAAGAUCUCCCUACCAUGGCACUCAGGCUGCCCAUGCGGCUUUGUCUUCUGUUUCUGGCUGCUUGUCUUGUAUUGCCUCACUGUGGUGCACUUGAGCCCGUCAGCGGGUCUGCCGGGGUCUUGUUGCAGGUCAGACCCUCCAACCAGAGUCCAUGAGGGCGGUGCUGAUGCAUCUGUGUAUUCUCUGCAUCAGGGCCUGGGCGCGUUGACUCUUCUCAAAGGUGAACAACACGACGACUUGAUCUGUUCUGUGUCAGGCAGUCUGUCUGUCUGGAUGUGUUACUCAACGCUCUGCGCUACACAGGGGGGCGGCGCUUGACCAAACUGCUCGGCAGGUAUGUGCCCACCAGAGGCUUCGAUUGGCGGCCAUAUGCAGGUCAGCUGACUCCUGAACACCGCAACUCAUGGUAUUGACUGUCUUGGCUUGUCUUCUCCUGUCACGCAUGUCGGCGUCACGCAGGCGAUUGGGCCGUCAUCACAGGUGCGACACUCGCUCGUCAGGCUGUCUAAACAGAUUCAUCCACACCAUUCCAACUCUGUCUGUCUGCUUGUGGUCAGGUGCGUCCUAUGGCAUCGGGCGGAGUUAUGCGUUGGCGCUGGCCCGUCGCGGGGUGAACGUGGUGCUGAUAGCGCGGUCGCGUGACAAGUUGCAGCAGGUGGCCCGUGAGUGCGAGCACUACGGCGUGCAGGCAAGGGUGGUGGUGCUCGACCUCUUCGAAACCUCCGCUCUCGAAAUGCACAAAAAGGUCAGACACCAAUCCAUCCCUCCAUUCUUUGAACGGCAACUGCACGAGUGUUGAUGUGUAUUUCCUUCGUUGGUCGUAUGUCUGCAGGUGGAGAGGGCGUUGCGUUCGCUGCCUCACCGCAAGGGCGACAAUCCGCGAGUGACCAUCCUCAUCAACAACGUUGGUACGCACACUCAGCCCGCGACGAAAACACAUCUGCGCGGGGAAUGCGUGGACGUCUGUUUGCUUGCCUUUGUCUGCCUGUCUGUCUGUGUGGGUGUGUAUGCAGGUGGUAUCGGUCCGUCCACGAAGCGGUGGCUGGACGCCAACAGUCAGAUCUCCGCAUCGGGGGGAGUCAAGUUCGGCUUCCUCGACCUGCCAGUCACAUUCCCUCUCGAGACCAUACAGGUGGGUGGGUCGGGAUGCGUUCACGUCACGGCAAAGGAUCACGGUCGUUUAUUGCCCUGCUAUCGUGUCAGAUGAAUAUCGAGCCGAUGGUAGGAUCCUGCCUUGCCAGGCAGACGUUCCUCCACCCCGUGGUGUGCUUUGCAGGUAACCCUUACCCAUGCAGUGCUGCCGAUCAUCAAGGAGUCCAUCUGCGACCAGCAAGGAGACCCAUCAGACACGGCUCCCGCCACGCGGAGGAAGAAAGGCAUCGUCCUCAACGUCAGCAGCAUCGCCGCACUCAUCUACCUGCCCUUCAGUCGGCUACACACGGCACAACACAACACAACAUCGGCCAUUGUGUGAUGUGGUGCUUUCCUUUGUAGUUCCGGAGUACUGUGCAUCCAAGGCCUUCGUCAACGCGUGGACGGGCAACCUGGCCUGGAUGUUCAACCGCGAUGACAUCCUGAUGGAGGCGGCGAUGCCUGGAACAGUCGCCACCCCGCUCACACGCGGCCAGGGCGUUGACGCCGACGAAUACGCAGAAUAGUGAGCACAACGGACGCACGCGGACAGACAGACAUGCACAUCCCAUGCACCUACCUUUGGCGAUCCCCAUAUUGUCAGUUCCCUGAAGCGCCUUGGUUUGGAGGGCGCCAUCUCAGUGCCCCACCCCACCCAUGCGCGAGGUGCGGCCAUCAUCCGCGCGCUCGGACCGGCCGGGGCAGUCAGCACCAUGCAGCGAAUGCGCCGGAUCAGCGACAGCGCCAAGCGCCUUCUCGGGUGUCACAAGCAGUGAGAGGGGGUGUGACUGACGUGUGCAGACAGACAGACAGGUGUGGUCGGAUGACAGAAGUUUGGCUAGUAUACGUAUGUAGCGGUAUGUGUAG